UAUAUACUUCAUUACAGUAUAUAAUUCAUUAUCUUAGAUCAUUACUCGGGCUCUGGGCUCUGGUCGGAUUGCUAUUACCUGAGGUCAAUUUUUGGUUAAAAUCUUGAAAUAUGGAGGGUAAUGACUGGGCUCAAUUCUCUACGACAGGAACAACAGAAGCAAAAGAAGAAGAAAACGAUGACUGGGGGGAUUUUGGGGGAUUUGAGACAGCUCAGCCAGUCACAGAUCCAGCAGCUAGUAACACAUCAGGAGUUAUAUCUUGGGCUACAACAUUUACUUCUCAAACUUCUCCAGCAGAACAACACAGUGCACAUAAUGUCAGUGUUUCCCCUGAUCUGAGUCAAGAAACUCAUUUGGCAGCAGUUUUAUCGGAGACAGCAGCAGUGGAUCCAGUUUUGGAGACUGUCAAACAAGUUCAGAAUUCUCCUAACUUGUCAUCAGCUCCUUUAAGCAACAACAGUAGUGCUUCAAAAUCAGACUCAGAACAACAGGCAGAUAUCAGUACCAGUGAUAAAAGUACUGCUACUUCUGACAAGCAGCAAGCAACUGAAAUUCUUGUUAACCCUAAAAGUGAUGGUUCCUCUUUACGCGAACGCAUAGAAGAGGCACAUAAGUCAGCAGAAGUAAUAAAUGUUCUUGAAGGAAAACUGUCUUYGGCUGAACAAGAAAAGCUUAAAUUAAAAGAGGAACUUGAAAGUCUCUUAACAAAACAUCAAGAACUUGAGAAUGUUUCCAAGACAACACAUGAAAAUGUAGAAGAACAAAAACGAAAAUAUGCAAAAUGUCAGGAAGAACAUCAUCAACAGCUACAGGAUAUCCGUCAAGCAGGUCACAAUGCCCUGGCUAUGAUAGUAGAAGAAUACAAGGAGCUUUCCAAACAAGCAGUUCUUGAAGAAAGAGAAAAAACUCAAGCUGAACUCCAUAAUUUUCUAGAGGAUGAAAGAAGAAAGUUUCAAGAGAUUUUGAGCCAACAGCAAGAGAGUUUUGAAAGAACACUAGCAGAGGAAAGAGAGAAGAAUAAUGAAAGAGUAAAGGCAGUUAUAGAAGAGGAGCAUCAUGAACAUAAGCUUGUAACAGAAUCUGCCUUGAAUAAAGAAAGAGAUGAAUUUAAAGGGAAACUAGAAAUGGCCAUCAAGGAAACGAGGGAACAAGGAGAGGAGGCUGUGAAAGCAGCUGUAACCAAAGAAAAAGAGAUGCAUUUGGCUUUUAUGGAAAAAAUGGAAAAAACAAUGAAAGAAGAAAGGGAAAAAUUUAGAACAUCAAUGAGAGAGGUACUGGACGAUGAGCGACGAGAGAGCAAGAAAGCAAUUCAAGAGGCUAUGGCAGAGGAACGUACCAAAUCUAGAGAAACUGUUAAUAAAUCUGUUGAAGAAACUAAAACUUUAAUGAAUGAGUACAUAAAACAAAAACAACAGAUUGAUACACAAGGUCAACAGAAGCAAUUUAUAGUCAUGGAUUUGUUUCUUGAAAGUGCAAGGACACAAUUAAAAAACUUAAUGGACAGCAACCAGAAAAGCUAAUAGACCAUUUUGGAGUUCAUAAAAUACUGCUGUUUCUUGAGUACAGAUUCAUUGACUCAGGCCAGGGUUAGUCUUGUGUCAGUGUCUAAAUAUUUACAAAUACGAAUAGUAAGGUAAAGAUUGCAUCCCUUUAACAAUACAAUUUGAAAAUCCAUGUACCUUCACUAGAACACAUGAAAAUUCUGCACAAAAUUGAGGCUAACCCUGCGAAAAUGACUCUGUAGUCAAGGRAAAGCAGCAGUAUUUUACUAAUUCUAAAAGGUUUUGAGUGGGGGGUUCACUUUAUAUAAACAUUUUAAUAUGUAAGUUAGGCAUUAUAUAUUAAUAGGCCACAAUUCCUUGGAGAGGGCACAGGAUCCUUUAAACCACCCCUUUAAAUGUUAUAGUAGUAAUAAAUUAUGCGUUCGGUUUAAAUGUUAGAUGGUUUGUUUUUAUUCCAUCAUCCCUGAAAAUGAAUAAUACAUGUAUGUCCUAAAUCUCAGCAAAAAGUCUCAUUUAUGCUACAAAACUAUACAUUUUAAAA